AUGAACAAUAUUGAAAAUGCCAUUCUUAAGCCAAAAGCAGACGCCAGACUUGUUUUAGUUCUGUACAAAGCCAAGGGUGAUUCUUUGGAUCACAAGCUGACCCUCGACCUUGUUCAGCAUUUGCAGCUGAAGUAUGGGAGAGAAUACAUUGAAGUUGUACAAACAAAUUCCGAGUUCUCUAGAGGUCCUGCCUUACAGCUUGGGGCUGAACAUUGCAGUCCUGAAGCUUUGCUGUUCUUCAUCGAUGUUGACAUUAUAUUCACAGCUGCAUCUUUAGAGAGAGUUCGCCUCAACACGCUCAGAGGUUCUCAAGUUUACUUUCCUAUUGUGUUUAGUCAGUAUGAUCCGCAGCCAGUUUGCUUGCCUGGCUCCCCUCACUGCGUCUGCCAGGACUCAGAAUGUAUCCUCAAGGAGGGAGAUGUCAGCGAUGACGCUGGCUACUGGAGACAGUUCGGCUUCGGCAUUGCUGCCAUGUACCGCAGCGACUACCACAAAGUUGGAGGCUUUGACCUGAGCAUCCGUGGCUGGGAGAACAACUUUGUUGUAUUCCGAGCCGUGGACCCAGGCAUGACCCACAUCUUCCACACCAUCCAGUGCAGCGAAUCUCUGGAGAGUUCUCAGCUCACCAUGUGUGUCAACUCCAAAGCCCAGAGCUACGCCUCCACAUCUCUGCUGGCCAGUCAGAUCUACAGUAACCCAGACAUUCUACACCGGCUCGAGGGUCAUGGGCAGAGCGACGAAUCAUAG